AAAAUGGCAGCCUUCAUGUCGUAAGCUUUUCAUUUUCUUUUGUAAUGUGAUGAAAAGUUUUUACCAGCACUUUACGGAUAAUUUAUAAUGAUUUUGAAGCAAUACAGAUGGUUUACCUGUAUAAUCAAGUAAAUAGAUAACUUUCAGAUGUUGAUUAUGAAUUUUGUAUUUUGAGUGGGGUAGAUAGUCCUUGAGCGACCUGUGUAUGCAAAUGCAUAACGGAUUGAAAGAAAUCGAAACGACUAGUUCUGGUAAAACAUUGGAAAAUAAAGGUAAUAUGAGCGCUGGCAGCACAAGUGUGGAGCGUGAGUUGGCGAGCACGCGUCGGCUUCUCUGGGGCGAGCAUGUGAAAGAAGACGUGUUCCGGCGGUGGGCGCAAGGAUUCCAGUUCAGUCCGGACGAGCCCAGCGCCCUCAUACAACAGGAAGGCGGACCCUGCGCCGCGAUAGCGCCCGUCCAAGGAUUUUUGCUCAAAAUCCUAUUGUCAGAGACUCCAGGACACAGUUUUCAGGACUUGACUUCAGAGAAGUGCAACUCUCUUCUUGUUAGGGCAGUGUGUACAAUAUUAAGUCAGUGUCUAGCUCCUAAGUACAAUGUGGCUGUGCAUCGUAAGAAUGAGACAGAUGCCGAGAGCAGCAGUGGCCACAAUGUUAGUGUGGAGGAACAGUCGAGUGAUACUAUAGAACACUUCCACAGAAGGAUUGAAGUGCACUCUUUUCAAACAUUGUCUGAAGUGGAAGCGUUUUAUACAAGAAAUAUUAGAAUUUUGAAAGAUAAGUAUGGUGUACUACUACUUUUGUACAGUGUAAUUCUUAGCAAGGGUGUGAGCACAGUAGAAGCAGAACUUGCCGAGCUCUCAGAUCCUUUGAUCCACUCAACGUAUGGCUACGGUUCUCAGGGCCUCAUUAACUUGAUGUUGACUGGCAGAGCAGUAGCUCAUGUUUGGGACCAUGAUCAAGUUGUUGGAGGUCUAAGACUAAGAGGAAUAGAGAGACAAAAUGAUAUUGGUUUCCUUACAAUAAUGGAACACAUGCAGUAUUGUACUGUAGGCUCCUUCUAUAAAAACCCUAAGCAUCCAGUUUGGGUACUAGCCUCCGAAACACAUUUAACUGUUCUAUUUUCAUUGGAGAGGAGACUAGCUGCACCUGAAACUGCAGGUGAAUCAGCAGAACGCAUCUUCCGUUCUUUUGAUCCCGAGGGUAAUAAUUUUAUUCCCUCUGCUGCACUUCAAGAUGUUCUAUGUGCAGCAGAUCUUGUAAGUGAACCAGAGUAUGUGGAAUUGAUGAGAAGGAAACUGGACUCUGAAAAUUUGGGUAUAAUUUUACUAAGUGCUUUUAUGGAUGAAUUUUUCCCAGGGUGUGAAAGAGGUGCCCCAGACACAUUUACCUUGCACCACUACAAUGGAUUGUCUCGUAGUAAUCCAGGGGGACGGGUAAAUUAUCGCACAGGCCGUGCAGCUCUGCUCGAGUGCCCCAUGCGGGCUGCCAGCACUGAUCCUAUGCUCACAUGCCUGCAGACCAAAUGGCCCAGCAUUGAUGUUGUGUGGGAUGAUGGACACUCUCCCUCACUUAAUUAGCAUUGACAUUUCCCAUUGGAUGACCUAGACUUUAAACUUGAAUGUGACAUAGUGAAGAAGUAUUGCAGCAUACAUUGGAUAUGUCUAAAACAAGUCAUAAAAUUCCAUUACUUUAUUGUAUAAUAUAAAUUUGUAUUGGACGUUGAAGGUCCCUCACAGGAUCUCUAUGCACUGGUAUGAGCAGCUAUUUUGCAUACAAUUGGUGACCUUGUAAUAGUGACAUGCGUCAUUAA